AUCUAAGUGUGCUAUGUGCUACUCCGUACGUUGAGUCCCUCUCUAUCUCUCUCUCUCUUUUCUUUCUCUUCCUUUGUCGUCUUCUCAUGGCCUCUUCUGUUCAAUAAUAAUAGUUUAAUAACAAAAGGAAAAAUAAAAAAAUAAAAAUUGAACGAGGAAGAAUCAUCGUUGUCAUCGUCGUCAGAACUAACGCUUCCCAAUCAAACCCUCCCAUUCGAAUCCAGGAAUCCCCUUCUGCUGAAAGCAAAGGGCACAAUGAGUUCGUCCAUCCUCAGAGAUCAUCAACGUGAAUUGGAGAGCAAAGCCAACGAUUUGAGCAAGCUUCAAAAGGAAAUUGCGAAGAAUCAUCAAGUCAGAAAGAAGUACACAGUCCAGCUUGGCGAGAACGAGCUUGUUCUUAAGGAACUUGAUUUAUUGAAAGAAGGUGCAAAUGUUUACAAGUUAAUUGGCCCAGUUCUUGUUAAGCAAGAUUUGGCUGAGGCCAAUGCAAAUGUCCGCAAGAGAAUCGAAUAUAUCUCUGCCGAAUUGAAGCGUCUUGAUGCCACUGUUCAAGAUUUGGAAGAGAAGCAAAAUAGCAAGAGAGAUACGAUACUAAAAUUGCAACAAAAGAUUCAAUCUCUUCAGGCUGGAAAAGGCAAGGCAUAGUCUUCCCAAGCAUAUUGUUUAAGCGUGGUAACUUGUAAUUUAGUUGUGCUAAGGUUGGAUGUGCAUUUUUCGUUGUGCCUCUUUGUUUUGGACUGAAGUUUACUCUUUAGCUACGUGCUCCUGGAAAUCGUUUGGGGUAUUAAAGUAUGACAGUUGGCUUUAAUCUC